AUGGCAGAUCCCAGGGACCUCAAGUUCUUUCCAUCAGACAUGACGUUGGCGGACCAUUAUCUACGCAGGAGAAUAGAUACAGACAAGGAAGGUUUUAUAAAAGACAUCAAACUUUACGAAGACCAUCCAUGGCUUCUUCCGCACGUCAACAACAAUCUGUUCAAUGAGAAGGAGUUUUUCUACAAUGUAAAGAGGACACUCAAAGCUCGUAAAACACCUAAUCGUAAGGUGCUGGGGCGAGGAGGCAUCACCAUAGGGACUUGGAAGAGCAACGGCAGCAAGGAGGACAUCGUCGACCGUAACAAGGUUGUGAUCGGACACAAAACAGAACUCUCGUACUACAAACAUGGAGACCUCACCGCCACCGGUUGGUGUAUGACAGAGUAUUGGCUAGCGAGUAAGAAUAUUGAGUUUCAAGAAACUGUCUUAUGUUAUAUCCGUGGGAAGAAGAAGCAAGUCAAAAACGUGUCCUCGUACGCGAGUAGUAAUAGGGUUUCCGCACCUCGUGAAGACAUGAUUACUAUGGUAGAUCCUAGCCAUCUCAAGUUCUUUCCAACGGACUUGAAGCUGGUGGAGCAUUAUCUAUGCAACAGAUUAAUCACGGGCAAAGACGGCUUCAUUACAGAUAUAAAACUUUACGAAGACGAACCAUGGCGUCUUCCGCACGUCAAAAACGAUCAGUUCAUUGAUAGGGGCUGGUUCUACUUUUGUUGA